CACCGAAAACACACUUUACUCUUUUUUCUUUUCUUUUUGUGUCUUGUAAUUCAAGUCUGAAUUGGGAUUUGCAGAGAGAUAUAUACUGGGAUUUGAGAGACAAUGAGUCCUUCAAUCAACGAUUCAUUUGCAAAAACAAUGGAGGAUAAGAAAGAGUACAAGAAUGGGAUUAAUGGCCAAGAUGACUUUGAUCCAAGUGCAGCCCCUCCUUUUCGUAUUGCUGAUAUCCGAGCUGCCAUUCCAAAGCACUGUUGGGUCAAGAAUCCAUGGAGGUCAAUGAGUUAUGUCUUCAGGGAUGUCAUUGUCGUCUUUGCAUUGUUAGCAGCUGCGGCUUACUUCGACACCUGGUUCUUUUGGCCUGUCUACUGGGUUGCUCAAGGAACCAUGUUUUGGGCUCUCUUUGUUCUCGGACACGAUUGUGGCCAUGGAAGCUUCUCUGAUGAUCCCAUUCUUAAUAAUGUGGUGGGUCAUAUUUUACAUUCUGCAAUCCUCGUUCCUUACCACGGAUGGAGAAUAAGCCAUAAAACUCAUCAUCAAAACCAUGGGAAUGUUGAAAAGGAUGAGUCUUGGGUUCCGAUGCCUGAGAAGGUUUACAAGGAUUUGGGGAUCAGAACAAAACUUCUGAGAUUCACUAUCCCUUUCCCUCUAUUUGCAUACCCUAUGUAUUUGUGGUACAGAAGUCCAGGAAAGACAGGAUCUCACUUCAACCCCUACAGCAGCUUGUUUUCUCCACAAGACAGGAAACAAAUAAUGACUUCAACAGCCUGUUGGAUUGCAAUGGUCGGUUUCCUUGUCUAUUUAUCCUUUGAAUUGGGUUCAGCCAUGACAUUCAAGCUCUACGGUGUUCCCUACUUGAUUUUCGUCGUAUGGCUGGAUUUAGUUACUUACCUUCAUCACCAUGGAUAUGAGCGGAAACUUCCUUGGUAUCGUGGCAAGGAAUGGAGUUACCUGAGGGGAGGGCUUACAACAGUUGACCGUGAUUACGGUGUAUUCAACAGUAUCCAGCAUGACAUUGGCACCCAUGUCAUUCAUCAUCUCUUCCCUCAGAUCCCCCAUUAUCACUUAGUUGAAGCUACGAAAGCUGCGAAACCGGUAAUCGGAAAAUACUAUCGGGAGCCGCAGAAGUCAGGGCCGAUUCCAAUUCACUUGCUAAAAAUUCUAGUGUCGAGCCUUAGAGAAGAUCAUUAUGUGAGCAACAGCGGAGAUGUGAUAUUUUAUGAGACGGAUCCCAACAUGUUUUGGAUUCGCAGAUCUGAAUAAUUUUAAGUACUUUAGAAAACAUAGAGCUAAAACAAAGGGCCUUUAUUCUUUUCGCUUAAAGGACUUUGUGAUUUUUCCUCUUUUUUUUUUGGUCUUCAAAUAAUUAAAGUUCAAGUUUCAGUAAUCUUACCAAAACACAAAAAUGGU